CCAACUCUGUUGUGGUGUUUAGAAUAGAUAAUAUACCUAUUUAAAGGAUUACUGCCAUGAGUGAGAAUUGAACUAAAUAAUGGCUUAUGUUUUUGUGAUUCAGUUUUAGACAGAGAGAGUAUUUUUUUGUUUUGAAGGUAAAAGUAAUACCAUUAAUGUUUAAACUGGAUUUUCCGAAUUAAUUAACACCAUCAGUUUAGCGUGACAGCUGUUAAUAAAUAGUUCUAGGUCACAAGUAAGAAUGCCGCAAAUCACUAAAGAAAAUUCAAUGGAACCAGAAAGGAGAAAAAUUGGAAGUGGACUGUGUCAUAAUUUUCUGGUACAAAUUUUUCACGAUUUUGCGGAAAACACUACACUAAAUGGGUUAAAAUACAUCGCAGGAAAAGGAUUUUCGUUUUUAGAGAGAUUAUUUUGGUUUUCUACGUUCGUCCUCAGCACAGCACUGUGUGUGUUCAUGGUUUAUAGAUCUUACGUGAAGUACGAUACUAGUGGAGUCGCGGUUACUUUAAAAGAACGCUUAGUACCUGUGAACGAGUACCCUUUCCCUGCUGUCACAAUAUGCCCUCAGCCAAGGAUAAGUCAGAAAAGAUACAACUAUACUCGUGAACUCUUAAAUUUCAGAUUAAAUUCAGAAGAUAAUUCUACUGCAGAUCUAAAAAAACUGCAUUCCACUAUGGUGUUCUGUGAUAAUGGUGACGAGGAUACUUCGGACAUGUUGUUGAACUACACGAUUGACAUAAAUACAUUUUACGAGGUGGUGCCCAAACGUGAGGACAUUUUCGAGGAGUGCUGGUGGCGAAACGAGAUCGACUGUAUAAAAAAAUUUCGCCCUGUUUUGACGGCAGACGGUAUCUGCUACACUUUCAAUACUUUGGCUACUAAUGACAUUUUUCGGAAAAAGAGCUUGCACCAAAAACGCUACUACUUAAACUCCUCAACUGCCCAAAAAGGGUGGACAUUGGAGAAAAACUACAACACCUCUUCCAGUGACGUAUUCCCAAGACGUGGACGGGCAAAUGGAGCGUACGAAGAUCUCUUCAUAUCACUGAAAGAAGUUACUGAUAGAGAUUUCACAUGCGACAGGCAUACUCGGCCCGGCUAUAUGGUAUAUUUCCACCACCCUGCGGAUAUGCCGCAAGGCGCUCUUCACAACUACGUAGCUCAGCCCGGGAAGACCACCGCCUUUGCCAUCAAACUGGACAUCCUGGACACUGCCGACGAACUUGCUAACUAUUCUCCAGACAUUCGUCAAUGCUACUUCCCAAAUGAGCGAUAUUUGCAGUUUUUUCAAAAGUAUACAUCUCUUAACUGCCAGCUGGAAUGCCUUACUAAUUACACUGUUAAAAUUUGUGGAUGCGUCAGUUUCUAUAUGCCAAGGAAUAGUAGCACGCCUGUAUGCAAUGCAGAUAUGAUGUUAUGCCUCGAAAAAGCUGUAGAUCAAUAUGCCACAGAAGAAGAUUUGCAUGAAGGAAAACCAGACCAGUGUGAUUGCCUGCCUUCGUGCAAAGAUCUCAACUACGAUGCGGAUAUAGUCAUUACCAAGCUCGAUCUUAAAGAAUAUUACAAGAAAGUGAAGGAAUUUGACAAAUUAGAAAUAGCAAGUGAUGAUUAUGAUGAUUACGAUGAUGAUGAAGACUCUGAAGAUGACACGUAUGAAACCUCAACUGAAGUGGAAACUGAAACUGUAACUUCAGAUGACGAAACUAGUGUUGAAGCUGAUGACAAUAAUACGUCUGUUGAUGAUGAGACCGAGACUGAUAUACAGUUCACCGAAAUCCAGAUCUACUACAGACGCCCCCGCUUCGUGGCUAUGCAGCGCUCGGAGCUGGUCGGGCUGUCGCAGUUCCUGGCCGACGUCGGUGGCACUCUUGGUCUCUUCCUCGGCUUCUCCUUCCUCACGCUCGCUGAGAUCUUCUACUACUUCUCUAUCAAGUUGUUCUGCGCUCCCAAACGUGAGGACUCGAAGAAAGAAGAAACAUCAAAUCCUCCGAAAGAAAGUUACAUUUAUGAUUCUAGCAAUUUGUAAAAUGUAGAUAAAUAUGUACCUGAAAGAUUAUUAUUCUUUAGUUGUAUUUAUAACAAUAAAAGAAUAUAAAUGUAGUUAAGGAACCCACUCGCACAUGGUUUUAUUUACAUUCGGUAAGCCGUA